AUGUUGCUAAGGAAUCCUGACCCCAAGAAUAGUCUUUUCGAUAGCACCCACAUUAUACGUUAUUAUUUUUCCAGAUACAUCAUCAAGUCUAAUAUUGUAACUGGAUCAAAUUCUGGAAAGAUAAUGUUCGUUCCAAAGAUCAAGCUAAACCCAGCUGAACACACUAUAUCUAUUGAGGUCAAAUACUACCAAUUUACAGUCCAUUUUAUUUUUGGAAUAACUAUCAACAUGUCCCAAGGUCAGACUCUUGACAAGAUUGAUAUACGUAUGUCGUUAUUUGUGCUAUAUUUUGUAUGGAAUAUUAAAAUAAAACAUCCCACAAAUUGGAAGAUAAGAACACCCGAAAUCAUAAUGUGCCUGAAUUAUUGGAUAUACUCCAUUAUCAAUAGGCAAAGCUACUUGGCAAUAUUAAUAGCUCUAAUAGCCGUCUAUGUGUAUUAA